AUGGAUUUUUGGUUAAAAGACGGAAUUGCCCCCGUCUCUCUCACACUCUCUCUCUCUCCCGCGCGUCGCUCUCUCUCUCCUCUGGUUCGCGACAGCCACCGUGGCCGACCACGUUUUGGCCGGCCGUUCGCUCGUCCGGCCACCAAAGUCGACGGGGCCGGUACCAAAAUGACCGGGCUGCCGUCCUCUUCCUACCCCGGCCAGGAACCGCCGCCAGCCGCCGUGGUUUCGCCGGAAAACGAAGAGAAAAGCUCCGGUUUUGACAGAAAAUUCGCCGGCUUCGUUCUCCGUCGUCCGGCGGCCAUUUUUGGCGAUCAAGGAUCGUGUAGGAUUCGACGGAUCGUAAAACGGAGUCCCGGAUACUCCGGAAAUGCCAACCCUGGGGUUAGGGUUUUAAUAACCGUCCGAUCGUGUGAUCGUGAGCGAUCCGACCGUCCGAUCUGGACCAAACUUGCAGGACGUGUCCUAGAGCCUGUAGAACCUCUAGGAACUUUCGGAUCGGAAUUUGGAGGUUGUGGGCCCCGCAGGCCCGUUUGA